UGAAGAUAUUGUGACAUACACUGGAUCCCUCCAUUCUUCUUGUACCUCUCUUGAGCUCUCCCUCCCGCACAAAACCAUUUUGAGCUCUGCACACAGGUUAACCUAGCUCAGUCACAGCUUGGCGUACCAAUGGAUGGAGCUGAAGCACCGUCUGCGAUGCCAUCUUGGAUGGAACUGUGGAAUGAGUGGGAAAUCCAAGUAGUUGUUAUCGUCAGCUUCAGUCUGCAGGUUAUUCUCUUCUUCUUUGCUGGGAUCCGCCGCUACAGUGUCUCAUUUGUUACCAAGGCCCUCCUCUGGCUGGUAUAUCUGCUUGCUGAUGUCGUUGCAACAUACGCCCUGGGGCACAUGUCCUCGUCAUUGUCGAAAAAAUCAUCCAGCGAGCACCAGCUGGUGGCGUUCUGGGCGCCGUUUCUUCUGCUGCACCUCGGCGGCCAGGACACCAUCACCGCGUACGCCCUGGAGGACAAUGAACUCUGGCUGCGUCACCUGCUAAACAUGUUUGUGCAGGUCGCCUGUACUGCAUAUGUGCUCUACAAGUACAUCAUUGCAGGCGGGGCAAACUUUGUCCACGCCGCUAUGUUGGUUCUUGCCUCCGGAAUUCUCAAGUAUGGCGAGAGGAUAUGGGCACUGAAGCUUGCAAGCAAGGGUGGUUCCCAUUACAAAAGAAGGCGACGAGUUAAGAAGCCUUUCUACCGCCGGUGGAUUCGUGCUAUUCGUCGUGAGUUUCCCACAAAGAAGGAUGCUGCCGUCCUCACAGGUGAGCCUAGUGACACCACCCGCAGUUCAUUUGCCGGUUUACCGAAAAGAAUCCAAAAAGUUAAUUCGCUGGUGGUGCAUAGGAGUCGGUGGGUAGAAGAUAUAGUAGAAAUAGAAGAAGGAGAAGAAAGAGACUGUUUCACGCAAAACAAACAAUUUGGAACUUAUGUAUUUAUUGUGAUGACAGCACACGCGUUGCGCCAUGUAUUUGUCAAGCCUUUAAUCAUAGACAGGAAUGAGGCAUCCAUAAAUUGGAAUAAUCACCGCAUUGCCCUGCUAGAGAAGGGUCAUGCACAAGAGUAUCAAUGGGAAAACGACCAGAGCAAAGAUGCAUCGGCAAAGGAGAAGAGUCAUAUUGGGAAGAUGUUCAAGGAAAUAGAGGUGCAGCUCGCCCUGAUGUACGACAUGCUGUACACCAAGGCAGAAGUGAUCCACACAAGGUAUGGCUACUGCAUCCGUGCCAUUUCACUUGUCUCUUGCUUCGCCGCUCUUGUGGUCUUCAGAAAAAGCAAGCGAGAUGUGUACAGCACACCCGACAUUGUGAUCACUUUUGCUCUUCUGGGCGGAGCUUGUGCACUGGAGAUGGCAUCCGUUUUCAAGGCGAUUGGGUCAACCUGGACAUGUGCCAGCUUGAGACGCCGCAGGUGGAAGUGGCUGCCCAAUGAGAUUCUGUUCGCACGGCACCACCUCCUCGUCCUUAAGGAUGGAAGGUGGUCCGAUUCCGUCGGGCAAUUUGACUUCAUAUCCUUCUGUGUUCACAGCAGAAAGAUGGACCUCAAGGUUAGAAUAGCCCGUUUGAUUGGGCUCCGAGACUUGUGGCACAAAGUUCGCUGCACCAAACAUGCCAAGCUUUCUCCUGCCGUGAAGGAGUUUGUAUGGGGCUUGCUCAGAGGUGACAAGAGUCAUAUGGUACGAAUUGAAGAAGUGGACAUCAGGAGUGGGAACUGGGCUCGCAGGUUCAGCGGCGUCGCCCAGAUCAAACAGCUAGAUUGGAGCCUGAGUUAUGGAUUUCACAAGAGCGUGCUUAUCUGGCAUAUAGCAACAAGCACCUUCCUCAAUAACCCUGCCGCCAAAUUGGAGCUGGUCGACAAGGACAUGGCUGAAGCAGUCAAUACUCUCUCUGAUUACAUGAUGUACCUCCUCAUCGAGCACCCUGACAUUCUGCCAAUGAAACCAGCUGCUAAGGACAUGUUUCAGGAAACCUGCCUCUGUUAUGGUUCGGAUAUGUAUGGCCCGGUCUAUGUAAUGAAACCAGGUGGGGACAGAGCUAAUGUGGUUGAUUUUCACAAGCAAAUUCUGAAUUACAACUCCGGGUGUCUUGAGUGGAUAAGAAGACUAGAUGCUGACUUGAUGGAAGAUGGUUGGGAUGAUUACCCGGGCCAGCAUGUGCUGGUGAAAGCAUGCACCCUGGCUCACACAAUGCUCGACAUGGACUUGGGGCUCGAACAUAAGAUGGCGAUAAUUGGAACAGUGUGGACGGAGAUGUUGUGCUACGCAGCAACCAAUGCAACCGGGGGAUUCCAUGCCAGGCAGCUGAGCAACGGUGGUGAGUUUCUGACCCACAUCCUGCUCCUCACUAAAUAUUCCUUUCUUAUAGAUAAGGAACCAAAGCCGUCCAAAACAACUGUUGAAGCUGUGGAGGCUAGUGCUGCUGGCCACAUCGUACUAAAUGUGGACAAUGAUUCCAACGAUGAGAUUACAGAAAUCCGCCCAACAUAGCAGGUCAACAAUCUGCAAAUCCUUUCCCUGAAUCCAGCUUCUGUAAUCCAUUCUCGUUGUUUGCGUUGAAUUUAUAACUCCAUUUCGAUUCCAGUCUUAGUGCGGCUGAUGAAGUACCCCUAUAUCUCAUCUUUUGCCUUUUUCUAUGUACCACCGAAAUUAUUAUGAUACUGAUUCGGAUUUUCAUUAGUUGCGUCAUGUGUAAUGUAGUACAAGCUCUAAUGUUUAUGUUGCUCUCACACCGCAUCCGUAAAGUU